CUCCCACGCCCACGACUUGACGAGACCUUCUCGCCUCUCCUCGCUCCGUUCGGCGUCUGCCUCGGCUCUUCCUCUGUCUUCAUCAACCGCGGUCCGGCUCGUCCGCGACGGAGGUGGGCUUUGCUUCAAGGCUUCAAGCGACAUCCUCUGUCUUCGUCUUUGUUCGGGCUCACGCUCUGCCGCACGCGCACCCUCUUGAGCUCGCUGCCUCGGCUCUUCCUCCUUUCAUCUCUCCGCAAGAUCGGCGCCGCUUCUCGCCGGACGUGGUUCCUCCAGUCCUCGCACUGUAGAAGAGAUCUCCAAGGACUACAGCGCCUGGCGCACUGCCCUCGUCCGCGCCCUCACCUACAGUACCAAUCGUUGCGCCUUCGCCCCCCUCUUUGGAUCUGCACAUGCAUGCGUUUUUUCUCUUUUUUUCUUGGGACUGAGUUCGAAUGCAUGUGCCGUCGGUGUUUCUUUUUAGUUCUUUGUUUAUGGCUUGACGCCAUUGUUGGUGUUGGUGAAUUUGUUUUAGAUGUGGAUGAAUUCUACUCGCUCUGCGAUCCAUGUGGCUCUGCUCGCCGAGGAAGUUCCUCCAGAGCUUCCUGAACCAGCCUUGGGCAUUAACUUCGCUAGAGAUGGAAUGAAAGGCAAGGACUGGCUGUCUUUGGUGGCUGUGCAUAGUGACUGUUGGUUGCUCUCUGUGGCCUUCUACUUUGGUGCUCGACUUAACCGCAAUGAAAGGUGACAUUUGCGAACACGAAGUCCAUUCACGCACGAAUGAUGGCUGCAAACCCUGGAUUGGAUGAGGGAUCGAAUCGGAUUAAGUUCGUCGCGAUUCCAGACGGGCUCGAAACUGACGAGGAGCGAAAAGACUCAACUAAGCGGCUGGAGGGCAUGUCCAGGGUGAUGCCGGGUCAUUUGCAGGAGUUGAUUGAGAAAGUGAAGGAGCAGUCAAAUGGUAAUGAGGAUGAGCAGAUCAGCUUCAUGAUUGUGGACCUGGCCGCUGGAUGGGCAUUGGAAGUUGCCGAAAGGAUGGGAAUUGAGCGAGCUGGGUUUUGGGCCGCAUCGGUGUCCACUCUGGCCUUGAAUCUUCAUAUUCCGAAGUUGAUUGAGGCUGGAGUCAUAGACAACGAUGGCAUCGCUCUGAAGAAUGAUCUCAUCACGAUAUCGAAGGACCUUCCUUCAUAUAAGAGCACUGACCUCCCUUGGAGUUGCCCUGAAGACCCGAGGAAGCAGAAAAUACUUUUCGGAUAUGCAUUGUCCAUCCUCCAUCACAGCAAACGCUCAAACUUAUUCCUUUACAAUUCAUUCCAUGAACUUGAGGCAUCGGCUUGCAGUGUCAUUCCUGGAGCUCUCCCAAUUGGUCCGUUAAUACCGAGUGCCCGAUUAUUCCAUCGCAGAGGAAGCCUGUGGAACGAGGACUUGACCUGCUCGAACUGGUUAGACCAACAUCCAGCCCAGUCAGUCCUCUAUGUUGCCUUCGGAAGCUGGACAGUAUUCAGCCCGGAACAGUUCUAUGAGCUCGCCCACGGCCUCGAACAGAUCGCCCGACCAUUCCUGUGGGUUGUACGCCCGGACAUAGUUAACGGGCCAGUCACCGAGUUCCACGAUGGGUUCCUCCAAAGGGUGAGGAAUUAUGGGAAGGUGGUCCAUUGGGCACCACAAGAGGAGGUCCUGGCACACCCUUCGGUGGCAUGCUUCUUCACUCGCUGUGGUUGGAAUUCCACACUGGAAGGCCUGAGCAAUGGACUCCCACUUCUCUGCAGACCUUACUCUGUAGAUCAGUACCUGAACAGGAGCUUCAUAUGUGAUGUGUGGAGGGUAGGUUUAGGAGUUGAUGGUGGUGAAAAUGGAUUAAUAACUAGGCAUGAAGUGAGAGACAAGGUAUUAGCAGUACUAGGGAGUGAUGAGAUAAGAGCAAAUUGCCUGAGAGUGAAAGAGAUGGCCAGAAAGAGUGUCAGUGAAGGAGGGUCCUCCCUGAAGAAUCUGCAGAGCUUCAUUGAACUCCUGAAGGCUUGAGGGUUCUUCUUGUUGUUCCUGUUCAGUGCUUAAGAUUGAACUCUGUUUUUCCCUUUCGCAAAUUGAUGUCCUCAUGAUGGCAAAUUAAGGCAGUUCCAGUGAAUUUUUCACUAAAACUGAAAA